AUGAACAUCUCGAGCGAAGGCAGUCAUAUGGCCAUCAUUCAGUAUGCCGAGACUCCACGACUCGAAUUCACCCUCAAUCAGUACACCCAUCCCACUCAGCUGGAAUGGGCAAUUCAACGGAUCAAUUUCCUCUCCGGAGCUACCAAUACGGGCCAAGCGCUGAAAUUGGCGCUUGAUCGGGGAUUUGACGGUGCGCGAGGAGGAGAUAUCCCCAAAGUGGCAGUGGUUGUAACGGAUGGACAAAGUCAGGUGAGUUUUACCACAAGAUAUUCUGUAAUCGCAUUCAGUUCUUCUACUCUCACAUUCGAAAGCAGCACAGCAUAUUUCAUAUUUGAAUUUCCGAUCACUGGUAAUCCUGUGAGAGUUUUCACAGUGGAAUCCUUUGAACAACUCGACAAGUCGCUUGCCGAUUCGCUAACUUGGGACAUGUGCAAAACCGAAUUCAGUAAGUUGUUCUCUCUUUCUUUCGAGCUAGAUUUCUGGCAGUCAUUUUGA